AGAGUACUAUGAAACAUUGAUUUUUCAAAUCAUAGUAUACCAGUGUCACUAAGCUAUAAGUUGCAUAUCUGGUUGCCUUCCUCUUGACCCAAAUAAAUACAUUGAAUUUACAAAAGCCUUCUUGGUAGCUAUUUUUAGAAAUUAACAAAUGGUAUACCGGAGGAAUUCAAACGGCAUGCAAAUUGUAAUCUUUUGGUAGGAAAUAGUCUGCGUCUGAUUGGUUGCUUUGCUACAAUAACGCUAAUAGCAGAUGAAUAAACUCUGUUUACAUUGUACAUCCUGAUGCGCUUUUAAUAUGCUUUCGAUAACCCGGCUGACUGUACAAGUAUAGAUCAAAGUAUUUGUUGUGAUGGCCACUUUAAAUUGUACUUCUCAUCGACAUACAUAGGUAUUUCGAUGAACUAUUGACCCUAAAAUUAACUAGACUUCAACCAAUAAGAUGGCAUCGCUAAAACUCAAGGAAGUUUUGUGUUAUUUGUACUCGGGACUAUUAUUUGUAUCAGGAAUACUAUUAAUAGUUUAUUCUUCGGUGCUGUGUUACAAAGUUUUCUAUCAUUUCACGUUCAUUCCUUCUGGUCCUCUUGGACCUUUAAUAUCAUUGUUUGCCCUGGGAAUAAUACACCUGUUUCUGACAUGGCUUGGAGUGUAUGGACCUAAACGAGAACACAACUUUCAUUUAAUCAUGUUCCUAACAUUUACAAUAAUCCUGUUAAUAUGUGAAUUGACCAUUGGGAUAUGGUCUAUGGUGCUUUGGGAUGAAGCAUCGACAAUUUCCUCAGAGCUGCAAACAAAAUCCUUUUUAAAAAUGAAAGAAAGUUGCAAUGAAAAGAAUUGGAUCAAAUUACAACGGCAGUUCGAGUGUUGUGGUUUGCAUGGCGCGGAUGAUUACUCAGAAAAAAAUUGCAAAAUUACUUGUGUGGAUCACAAAAUGCUUAAUGCUACCUCUGAUAUAUAUUACAAUAAUGGCUGCCAGAAGAAGUUUAUCAAAUACAUGAAAGGAAUAGUCAUUCAAGGUGGCGUUUUAGGAUUUUUAGCUGCUCUUUUCCAGGCAGUAGGCGUAUUCCUAUUCAUCACCUACUUCCGCUCGCUACGAGAGGUUCGCAAGGAGCGCGCCGCCCGACUCUCAGCGCGCCAACGGCAACUCUCGGAGAGCGGAGUACCCGCAGCUGCGUGGCGUACAGACGCCACCCAAACCCCUGACGUGCCGCUGAUGGCUCCGCCCAUUCCGGGUGCUCCGCCUCCGACGGCUGCGUCAGAGCCUGUGCCUUCGUCGCCGCCCCCACCGGGACUCAAGGUUUAAGUGUGCUGCGUGUGACGGAUAUACAGGGUGUCUCGACUAUUUUGCUGCUAUAAGAUUGGUUUACUUAUACUUCAUUCAGAUAUCAUUUACGUGGCGUCACAAAAAAUAUGUUGUCUUGCGUACCCAGCCUAUUGACGUAUUUGGUAUUUGAAUAGUGUCUAGACUGUUUUAUAGUGCCUUUGUUGUUCAGCUGAUUUUGGUUGGAUAAUGCUCGUUUACAAUAAUAGAAUGAUAGAAAAAUCUUUUUCUAGAAUAGAUAGUUUUAUAUGAUAAGAAAAACAGAACUACGAUUAAAGAAAUAACGUGGUCGUUUAUACGGUAGUUUACCACGAGUAGAUGAAGCAUUUGGAGUCUAAUGGUAACUCUGGCUGGCUGUUCCUCCAUAAUAGAACCGAAUUUUGGUAGUUCUUCUCGAGGGCGGGUGACUUAUUUGCUUUGAUAGUUUGCCUAAGUCAUGCUUAUUCUUCUAGUUACCAAUAGUUAAUUUAACGUUUGAUGUAGAAUGAUUCUAAGGACCAGAAUGCAAAAUGAAGGGUUACAGUCGGCGACUACGCCAAUCAAUAAAGAAGUUUCAGAUCGAAUAAACUGGCCCUCAUCAUUCUCUCUCUCGCUCUCUCUCUUUGAGGAAGAUAUUUUACAACUCCGUCAAUUGAACGUGUUAAAAUUGUCAGGGUAAAUAACCAGGUGCCCUCACAACAAGGAGGUUUCAAGUGAAUAAACGACUAAUAUGUAUUUGCAUUAAUUACCGUAUUCUACGUGAAGACAAACAACCUAAUUCUAUAUUACCGCGUCCAAAGAAUUAUUCCAGAUGAAAUGAGAUACCGAAGCGUCCUCUAUGAGAAUUUCUCCUCUCCGCACUGAUUGUAAAUUUAUUCUGAAAAGGCUAAGGUAUAGAUAGCAUAUAUUUGGCUACAUCGCCAACUAUGAGACACUGACCUUUUCAAAGCAGAUUUAUAAUUAGUGCGGAGACGAGAAUUAUAUCUUUAGGUGGAAUCAAUGAUAUUUGGCACAUCCAUUUCAGAAUCGAAACUCUACCAACAAUUACCGUUUGAAAUUAUCUUUGAGUAUUUCAAUGAAGUAGCUUUUUGUGCUUUUUUCAUAUGUGCUGUAAAUGUUCCUGUAAGGUGACAGGUAACGAAAUAACCUUCCUCCACUCAAGUUCAGUCUUCACCAUGAAGAAGCAGUGUAUAGGAUGAGCUACCUCGGGUAGAAAUGCAUGUAACAACAAAUAAAUUGUUUUGUUUUGAUCGUUCCAUUAUAAUUGUUAUCUACCACUACAAACCUUGAUAUGUGUAGCUCGUAAUGAUGGCCAUUAAACAUGACGAUAAUCGAUGUAAUUUGCAUGCGUUUUAUAAUAUCUAAAACAACACAAUUUUUGAACCUAACAAAUAAAGACAUGUUACAGGGCAAGAGAAAGCACAUCUGGCAACAUAUGUACAAACAACCAGUGAUGGGCGUUUACGCGUAUACAUUAAUUGUCUACGUCUCGAUGUAUACAAUGCGUAUACAAUGAAUACAAUGUAUACAUUACAUAUACAAUGAAUACAAUGUAUACAAUGAUGAAGAUAAUGUAUAGAAUAGCAUAAGUGAGACCUAAGUCUAUUCGCAAACGUCAGAAAGUUGGUAAACAGUGAACCGACAACUUAAAUAAAUCGAUGAACUAGUGUUCAUUUGUUGUUCUUAAUUUAUUUAAAACUGAAUCUUUGUAUACGUAUAUAAAUAAAUAUUAUAUAUUUUUUCAUUAUUUAUAAACUUUCAGUUCCACCUAAAAUCGGAGAACCAUUAGGAUCGAUCUGGAACUGAUUACAAACAGAUUCGCCAGAAAUGUGUAUUUGAGCGUAGAAAACAAGGCGCUGCAGCAAGUUACAGUUAUGUUCUGUGGCCUUCAUCACUUUUGUGCCAGGCAACGUGGUGUGUGGCGCACUACUUCUACACAAGUGGUGCCCGCUUGUCCCACUCUCUCUCUUCCUCGUACACAUGGAAAUCUAAAAGAGAAAGGAACUUUCGCUAGCACUAUAUGCAAUUAGUUGAACUAUGAUUUGCUAUUGUAUACAUUUUAUACAUUGUAUACGUGAAUAUCGAGACGUAUAUAUUCACCGUUGUAUACGCGUAUACAAUGUUGUAUACACUGCAAACAACGUGCACUUUUAAGUUACUUAUGUCACAUGGUAACAAAACCAUUUUAUAGUAGCCUCAAACUUCACCACAACUUCACCAUAAAGCUACUUUGAGCUCAUACAGGGUGUUCAUUUGCAAACUUACGGUUUUAUCGAAAACCACUGAUUAAAAGAAAAAACGCCGAGACACUUCAAAAGAUUUGUCAAUAGGGACAAAAACCAAAAACUACUUCACCCCCUUUCACCCUCUGCCGGCCAGGGUUAUCCCCUUAAAACAUUUAAAUGACAAGGGGUAUCGAGUAAUAGCUUGUUUGACAGGUCGAUUCGUUUUCAAGAAAAUUUAAAAAAUUUCAUUUAUCUUAAUUGGUUCAAAUAGAAAACAAAAACACGAAAAUAUCAAUUUUUAUUUCAAUAAGUGUUCAAAAUGUUGCCCAUUACUGGCCAAACAAUGAUAUAGACUAUGUUCAGAUUCUUAACGGAGAUUUUCAAAAACAUUUUGUGGGAUAUCAUGAUAGUUUUCGAUGAUGAAGAAAUCCAUCCGAAUAUUCGGUUAACUCUUUCAAUCUUUUUAUUUUGAAUGGAUGGAAUUUAUAAAUUUUAGUAACUGUGUAUACUGAGCCUAAUAAAAUAUCAGGCGCAGCAACAAUUUUGCGUAAUGAUUAGGAUUUAUUCCAAAAUGACUCAAAACUUGAGCGGCUUCGUCCAAAACCCUCCGAUGAUCACGUUUUUUAUUUGCAACAGAUCCAGUUUGAGUAAAAUUUGGUAACAAGGUCCAAAACAUACCUAUGCGAAGUUAUCUUCCCCAGAUGUCUGGCGUUAAACGUGCAGUUUGCCGAGCACACUGAUUUUGAGCAUAAAUAGGAAUAAUUUCCACUCCUUCGGCUAAUGUUUAAAACAUUUCGGAAGUUAAAUCUGAAUCAAUAACAAUAAUAUUUUCACAAAGGUAACUGAGAGCAAAUUAAAUUCUUUCUUUCCCUUAGCAACAAAUAACUAAACAGGUGUAACAAUAAAUACAGUGCGCCCAGGAUAUCUGUGUUGAUGAAAAGAAUGCGGAAAAAAAUGUGGUUGUUGCCACGUCUAAUCUUCUGAAUUGCUGUUUAUGUUGAUAGUUUCCGCCUUAAAUUAUAAACGAAUUGUAGAUUUGGCAACUCCCAACGGGCCACAUUUUGACUACAUUUGUUGAAAUAAAAAGUGAUAUUUUCGUGUGGCUUUGUUUUCUGUCUGAACAAAUUAAGAUAAAUGAAUAUUUUUCUAAUUCUCUUAAACGAGUCAACUGAAUUUAAAAAAUUAACCAAAUGAAGGACUUCGAAAUACCCUUCAAACAAGCUACGACUCGAUUCCCCUUGCCCUGAACGGGGGUGAAAUAGUUUUUGGUUAAACAGUUGUCCCCCUUGACAAAUCUUUUGACAUGUCUAGGCAUUUUUUUCUUUUAAUUAGUGGUUUUUGAUAACUCCGUGGUGGAAAGUUUUUAAUUGAACAACCUGUAUAUAACGAUUUUUAUAUCACAAUAAAUUUUACAGACUGCCUUUAUCAGACCAACACUAUAUAAAAUAAUUAUAUAUUAUAUUACCAUCCACCUUAUAAAAGAUCUUUUCAAUAAUUUAUGGUUCUUUCAGUUUGAUAUACUUAAGUUAGAAUCAUUAUGUUAUUACGGGUUAGAUAAAUUUUCUAUGAUAGAAGUUCCAAAUUGAGUAAAAAUACUGCUCAAAGCGUGUAUUUAAUCUUACAUCAAUUGUAAGCUCAUAUUGAAGCAUGCCUUUUUUAUCCUGUGACUGAUUACUUUCUACUAACGAAUACAAUAAUUAGUUGCUCUAAAGUCCCUAUCUACAUAUUCUUGAGAUACAUUUCGUCUAUCAUAAGAAAGUUACAUAUGCUCUAUGUUUUAAAGUUUAAUUUUUAGUUUAAGCUUUUUGUACUUCUUUUUUAUUUUAUUAUAGUUUUGCUGUUCUAUGACCCGCAAUUGCUUGCUUAUUUUUAUUUCAUGUACGUUUCCUUGCAUAUUUUUAUAAUACACUUAUUGUACUUUGAAAGUGACUGUACUCGACUUUUGCCAAAGUUGCUUGCACUGUAGUUUUUAUAAAAUAAAUGUUUCUGCA